AUGUCAACACCUUCAUGGACUAUAGUGAUGGGAGCGGAUGAAGCAGGACACGGUUAUAAAUCAAUAAUCAAAGCAGAUCUUGAAAAAGAUCCAAGAGUCAUAAAAGUUAUAGAUGUUGGAGUUCAUGAAGGAACUGAUAAAACCGCUUAUCCUCAUGUUGGUGUAGCCGCAGCGAAAAAAGUUGCUAGUGGUGAAGCUGAUAGAGCUUUGUUGAUUUGUGGAACUGGAAUGGGAGUAGCUAUCAGUGCUAAUAAAGUACCAGGUAUCCGAGCAUGUACAGCACAUGAUUCUUUCUCCGUUGAACGUCUAGUACUCUCAAACAACGCACAAGUCCUUUGUUUAGGUCAAAGAGUUAUAGGAAUAGAAGUUGCUAGAAAAUUAGUACGUGAAUGGUUAGGAUACAUUUUCGACGAAAAUAGUUCAAGUGCUUCUAAAGUCGCCGCUUUGAAAGAAUAUGAUCCUGUACCUGGUGCGGAUGAAUAG